UACUAUCAUGUAAUCCUCCCUUCAUUAGCACAUAGAGAGAGAAGAGAGAGAGAGAGAUGAUAAGUGGGAAUGAUUUCUACAAGGUCAUGUGUGCAAUGGUUCCUCUAUAUUUUGCAAUGUUGGUAGCAUAUAGCUCAGUGAAAUGGUGGAAGAUAUUCAGUCCCGAACAGUGCUCAGGGAUCAACCGGUUCGUGGCCGUGUUUGCGGUUCCAGUGCUGUCUUUCCACUUCAUAUCUCAAAACAAUCCCUACCAAAUGGACACCAAGUUCAUACUGGCUGACACUCUCUCUAAGGUCGGGGUCCUUGUUUUGCUCUCAGUUUGGGCUAUCUUUUUUAAUGGUGGCUUGGAUUGGCUUAUCACUCUCUUCUCCGUCGCCACCUUGCCUAACACUCUUGUCAUGGGUAUUCCUUUGCUCAAAGCCAUGUAUGGUGAUUUCACUCAGAGCCUCAUGGUGCAAGUGGUUGUGCUUCAAUGCAUCAUAUGGUACACACUCUUGCUCUUCCUCUUCGAAUACCGAGCCGCCACCCUCCUAAUCCAAACCCAAUUUCCAGGCGCCACCGCCGCCUCCAUUUCUAAAUUCGAGCUCGACAACGAUGUGAUCUCGCUCGACGGCCGGGACCCACUACGCACCGAAUCGGAACUCGACGCCAAUGGCCGCACCAUACGCGUGCGCAUCCGACGGUCUACUUCCUCCGCCACCGAUAUGUCCCCCUCCAUAGGCAUUACUCCCAGAGCAUCAAACCUGUCCAACGCCGAAAUAUUCUCAGUCAACACUCCGGCACCGCUAAUUCCGCACGACGUCGCAUUUGGGCACGCCGACCUCGCUCUUGGGUACCGUUCCGGGAGCCCCCGGUUGUCCGGAUACGUCUCCUCCGACGCCUACUCUCUCCAGCCUUCGCCACGCGCAUCGAAUUUCAACGAGCUUGAGACGACGACGGGGAGCACUCCGGUAUGGUCGAGGUCCCCCGUGGCCGGGAGAGUUUUCCGUCAGACUUCUCCUGCUUUCUCCGGCGUGACGAUGAUGUGGGAAUCACCCGUGCUGUGUGCGCAAGGAGACAGACAAGGAUUCAAAGAUGUCACGGUCACAGGGAAAGAAAUUAGCUUCAGAGACUGCACCAAAAUCCAAAUGCCAGAGGAAGCAGAUAACAAUGGCGCCGCACCGACCACCACUCAAGAAAUGCCGCAUGCUUUUGUCAUGAUGAGGCUUAUACUCGUCGUGGUUGGACGGAAGCUUUCUCGCAAUCCAAACACAUACUCAAGUGUAUUGGGGCUUUUGUGGUCUCUCAUCUCAUUCAAAUGGAAUGUAGGGAUGCCUAGUUUGGUGAAAUACUCGAUCAAAAUAAUCUCAGAUGCGGGUCUUGGGAUGGCCAUGUUCAGUUUAGGGUUGUUCAUGGCCCUGCAGCCCCGGAUUAUUGCGUGCGGAACAAAAAGGGCGACAAUGGGGAUGGCAAUUCGCUUCCUUUGUGGACCCAUAAUAAUGUCAGCCACCUCGGUUGCUGUUGGAUUAAGAGGUGUAAAGCUACAUUUUGCCAUUGUGCAGGCUGCUCUUCCACAAGGGAUUGUACCAUUUGUCUUUGCAAGGGAAUAUGGGUUGCACCCUGACAUUUUGAGUACAGGGGUUAUCUUUGGAAUGUUAGUCUCAUUACCUGUGACUCUCCUGUACUACAUAUUUCUAGGCCUAUGAAGAAAAAGGAGUAGUACUAUUACAAGAACUAGGUGGUGCAUUUUCAAAUAAAGCAUGUGGAGCCUCCAAAGUAUAAUGCUCCUAGCUAGUAUCUAAGUAGCAUGGAGUUCAACAACAAGCUACCAUGUCUCCCUACAAUUCCAUGGGCGGUCGACCAUUCAUGCCCCAUGGUCGACCCCAUCAUGUUGGAUGAUGAUGUCGCCGACGUAUAACAUAUAAAUAUAUAUAUAUAUAUAUAUAUAUAUAUAAUCAUGAUCAUUAGCUUCGAGAUCAAUGGUAUUAUAAAUUUGUAGACUUUCCCAUUAUUGUAAAGUACUCUUUAAGAAAAAAGUUGACUUAUAUAAAAAAGGCAAGAGGUUAGGGCCAAA